AUGAGUGAUAAGAAUUGUUUUGAGCCAAUUUGUGAAAAGGAAGACAUUCUCAAUUUCAAAUCCAAGAAGAGAUCCAAGCUCUAAUUCGAAGAUGAAUAACCCUCUCAGGAAUGUCCACUCAAUAGGAGCACAUAUGGCAAUUAUACUUGGAACAUGUUGCAUACUACGGCUAUCUACUAUCCAGAUGAGCCUACUCAGGAGUAACAAUAGAAAAUGAGAAAUCUAUUUGAUGCCAUUGCUGAAUUUUAUGCUUGUAAACAUUGUAAGGCUCACUUCCAACAGGAGAUUUUGAAAAGUAAGAGGGAAUGUUGAUUGUAAUUUAGAUCCUCCAAUAGUGACAUCGAGGAAGGAUCUGUCAAUUUGGUUGUGUUAGAGACACAAUGAUGUGAAUUAAUAGCUUGGCAAAGCUGUGUUCGAUUGCAAUUUUGAAAACCUUGAGAGGAGAUGGAGGACGGGAUGUUAGUGA